ACUCAACCACGAGCAAAGAAACUGUCUUUUUGACCCUAAUCGAUUUAAUUGAUUGUAAUUAGUCGCACAAAAAACACCACGUGAGUUUCUCUAAGUCAGCACAUUUGAGUACUUUACGGUAAUUUUUUCUGUUUUCUAAUCAGAGCGUGUCGAUUUUGUUUUUGUUUGCUUGCUUUCUAGAUUUUGUUUCCCGGGGUUUGCUGACCGCCUUUAACGGCUGAGUUUGUUUUGUGUUUUUCGUUUUACGAGCCACGUUGUCUCGCGCAGGCACGUGUUCGCGGCUUGUACUGUCGUGACAGCGUGAACGGGCACGCGCGCGCUUGUUUGCUCUCAGGCACGAGAUCGUCCGGUAAGGGUUAACGGAGGACCGACCGGAGGACAGAGAGGCGGCGGCGGCAUGGAGUUCGAGGAGUCCGGUAUCGGGGAGGAGUGCGGGGUUUUCGGCUGUGUCGCUGCCGGAGACUGGCCCACGCAGCUGGAGGUGGCUCAGGUCUUAACCCUGGGGCUGGUGGCGUUACAGCACCGGGGUCAGGAAAGUGCUGGGAUUGUCACGAGUAAUGGGGCCAGUCCUCCCACAUACACAACACACAAGGGAAUGGGAUUAGUGAACACUGCAUUCCCACCCGAGGCUCUGCUGAAACUGCGCUAUGGUAACCUCGGCAUUUGUCACACACGCUAUUCAACCACCGGGAUCUCGGAGCUGCAGAACUGCCAACCCUUUGUGGUGGAUACGCUGCAUGGCAAGAUUGCUGUGGCACACAAUGGAGAGCUAGUUAAUGCGCAUGCCUUGAGGAAAAAGGUGAUGCGCCACGGUGUCGGCCUCUCCACCGGCUCAGACAGCGAGCUCAUCACCCAGCUGCUGGCAUUCACUCCACCAAUGGAGGAGCUGGACUCACCUGACUGGGUUGCCAGGAUAAAAAACCUCAUGACUGAAACCCCGACAUCAUACUCGCUGCUGGUGAUGUUCAAAGACGUUAUCUAUGCGGUGCGUGAUCCGUAUGGAAACCGGCCCCUCUGCAUUGGACGGCUUGUUCCCAUCUCUAAACUACACACUACAGGUGUUGGAGAGGAGGACACUGAGGGCUGGGUUGUGUCAUCAGAGUCCUGUAGCUUCCAGUCCAUCGGUGCCAAGUAUUACAGAGAGGUCCUACCUGGAGAGAUAGUUCAGAUAUCCAGACAUGGAGUGAAGACUCUGAGUGUGGUGCCUCGCCCAGAGGGAGACCUGCCUGCCUUCUGCAUUUUUGAAUAUGUUUACUUUGCCAGGCCAGACUCUAUUUUUGAAGGACAGAUGGUCUAUACUGUGCGGCAACGCUGUGGUCGGCAGUUAGCCAUCGAGGCUCCAACAGAUGUGGACGUGGUCAGCACUGUGCCAGAGUCUGCAACCCCAGCUGCCCUGGGCUACGCUCAACAGUCCGGUCUUCCAUACGUAGAGGUUCUGUGUAAGAACCGCUACGUUGGUAGAACGUUUAUUCAGCCAAAUACACGGUUGAGGCAGCUGGGAGUGGCCAAGAAGUUUGGGGCUCUGACAGACAACUUUGCUGGGAAACGAGUGGUGUUAAUUGAUGACUCCAUCGUCAGGGGCAACACCAUCUCCCCCAUUAUUAAACUACUGAAAGAAGCUGGUGCAACAGAGGUCCAUAUCAGGGUGGCAUCUCCACCAAUCAGGUUCCCCUGCUACAUGGGCAUCAAUAUUCCAACCAAGGAGGAGCUUAUUGCCAACAAGCCAGAGUUUCAGGACAUUGCUGGUUAUAUUGGUGCUGACAGUGUUAAGUAUCUGACUGUGGAGGGCCUCGUAUCAGCUGUUCAGGAGGGAAUCGCCUCCCUGCAGGAGAAGGACAACAUCAGCUCCUGUAACAAGUCCAGCAGUAAAGUGGGCCACUGCACCGCCUGCCUGACUGGGAAAUAUCCAGUAGAACUGGAGUGGUAGCUGCUGUACCAACAGCACUACCAGCGGUAUUUACAGUAGCAACUGCACCAUGUAUGUACUGAAACUUUCCACGACUGGAAAAGCUAUGACCUGGUGUGCGAUUACUCCUAUAUAAGACACUAAAAGAUGUUGCACAUGUCCAACACAUUCUACAGAGGCUCAUCAUCAUUCUCAGAACAUGAAACAUCAGUUGAAAAAUGUUGCUUUUGCUGAACUCUAGUGCCUGAGCCUUAGCACUGUAUCAGUAAGUUGUUUUUUUUUUUUUUUACACGUUUUUGUUACUUUUAUUUGGACGGUUACAGUACAGAACUAUUUUAAGUAGGAUUAGAUAAAUAUUUUCCAUGUCAGAAGAAUGCACAAAACUAGUGACCAAAAAGUGAAAUGAUCUUUAUUUUUCUCGUUUUCUUUAUUAACCACCAUGCUGUAUGCUGUAUUGUUUGGAUCAGUUUCAUAUUUUGUUGUCUUGUCUUAAACCUUUCGCGAAUAUAAAGAAAAAGUACAAUAAACAGAUUAACUGCAAUAAGAAAA